UUAAUUGGUUUUUUGUGCGGCUUUCAUUUGCCAUUUGAGUGAUAAAUUGACGCUGAAAAGAAGUCGUUUAAGUCUGGUUACGAAUGGCGAGUGUUAAGUGGGGUUUUGAGGAGAUUUCCGCUCACAAGAGGCCCAAGCUACUGCGGGCUCUCUUGGCGGAGUUUUUGGGCAUUUUCAUGCUCAACCUCUUCGGCUGCAUCGCGGCAACGUGUGGAGAUCCGGCUGUGAUCUCCAUUGCUUUCGGCUUUGAGGUGUUCAUGAUCAUUUCGGCGCUGGGUCACGUGAGUGGGAGUCACAUCAAUCCAGCCGUGACCGUUGGCUUCCUGGUUUCUGGUCAGGUGACGCUGGUCCGGGCGGUGCUCUACGUUGUCGUGCAGUGUGUGGGCGCUGUGGCGGGAACGGCGUGCAUGAAGGCCUUCCUGCCGGAGUCAGAGCACGGAGAGCUCUGCCACUUGUACCUGGAUCCCAGCAUCAGCGUCCUCCGUGGUGUCUUCAUCGAGUGCAGCGUCACCUUCCUCCUCAUGCUCACCGUCUUGGGAGUCAGCGAUGAGAAUAAAUCAGAGUCCAAGUUUUCGGCAGCCCUCACAGUGGGAUUAGUGGUGGUGCUGGGAAAUUUAUCUGCCAUCAAGUUCACCGGAGCCAGCAUGAAUCCCGGCCGGUACUUCGGCUCUGCCGUCAUCGCCGGCUCCUGGGAGAAUCACUGGGUGUACUGGGCGGGGCCCCUCCUGGGGGCAAUUGCAGCCUCCCUCCUCUACGUGCACUUGUUCAGGGCGCCGCCGAGAUCACGGGAAAAUGAACAGGGCCACGAUUUAUGACUGCCGUGCUUCUCACUGGAAAUUGGAUACUGUCUUCCUGCGUCCUGGAAGAUUGAGGAUGCAGUGAGUGCAGAGAUUAUGAUAGUAUUAUAGGUAUUUGUAAUAAAUGUUCCAACAGAGGCAAUAAAGUAUGAGGUUUUUCAGU